AUGGGACUAGUGGAUUUAGGGACCAGCAGCCUUUCCUCCGCCCGUACCUACUUUCCGCGUGGAGAAUGGCUCGAUCUAGUUUUGAUCUCCUACGCUUUAUUACUACAGUUUGUUUCUUGCCAUUCCUACGCUGAGCGAGUUCGGCCUUUGUUGGAUAAAUUUACUGAGUAUGGCACUGUGAGAGCUUGUGGACUCUACCAUCGAUGGUAA